AUGGCAACAUUGAUUCACAUUGAUGAUGAUCGCAAGAAGCAUUUGAUAACUUAUCCAUCUGAGCCUGUAUUGGUCGAAGCUGCACUGGAGGUACUAUCAGAGAAUGGUGUAGAGCUUGAGGUACUAAUGGAAUUGGAUGCUGUCAACAAAUUCAGUGGAAUUCUUGAUGCAGGGAGCCAGGGGGAGCUGGUUGUUUCAUUCUCAGUCAGACGUCCAGUUCUCAGUUUUCUUCAAGAGCUUUUUGAACAGGAGCUUCCAGAAAAGAGCUUGGCCUACCUGAAUGACUUUGAAGUAGGAUUUACCCAUUUUAUUGGACUUAUGGAAGUACCAGACAUAUCAACACUCAAUAGUGUUUGGGAUUGA